AUGUCGGUAACCGUAGAUGAUAGAACGGCUUGUAAAGAUGCUUACGUGUUGAUUGAGCGGUCGGAUUGUGUACUGAGGGUGCCACCAGCUCGCAGCCCAAUCGAUCUCGGCGUUGUACCCUCCUCUGACUCACUCUCAUGCGACAGUGCUCCCUUUGUUGGACGCCGAGCCCCGGAUGAUGCGCUAUUGUGUCGUACUCAGCGAUACCGUACUCCAAUCGCGACCAGGCAACAGGCGGCAUCUCUUUAG